AUGGCCGAGCGGCUGCACCAGCUCGCUCUGGCUCGUGUCGCAGAGCUAGAGCUUCCUACUGACAAAAACGGUCGUCGAACUAGUGCUACAAGCACCAGCAGCAGUGAAAUCGAGCGUCUUCACGAAGAAUUAGGACUUGAGAUCAAACCACAGCGUCUCCAUCGCCAAUAUACGCUCAAUGUGGCACCUUUCAGUGCUAGAGGGGACUCUAUGUCUCGUAUUGGCCUCUUAGACGCUGCACCAGAUACUUUGGAGGAUGUACUGAUCCGAUGGGAGAAGAAUCAGGUCAAAUGGCGUCGAUUCGCGUCCAAUGAAGAGAAUCAUGAGAAUCAACAAGAUGGUGGUACUAAAGAGACAGCGACAAUGCUGGAAGUUAAUGAGGACUUUUUUGAGAGUGUUCAUCGACCAGAAACCUUUGACGUGAUCUUUGGAGACGGGUUUCUUGGUCUGGAAUUUGUGAUUGAUUCAAUGAAGAAUAAAGUCGUGAUUAAGAGUGUCUGCAUGGAAAACUGGGCAAAUGUGAUUGUGCACAUACCUCCACGAUCAACGCUCGAGAAAGGGUUGUCGGUGGAAGCGGUGAAUGGUCAAAUUGGGAGUGAAAUGUCACCUGAAGAGGUGCUCGAUAAUCUGCAGUUUAGUAGACGACCCAUGACCGUGACGUUUCGACGAACUAUGAAGCCCGUGGUGGUUUGUAAACUUUGUGAGACAAAAGUGGAUGCUGAUAGAUUGGAUGAACAUGUCAAUUACUGUGUCUUGUCCAAGAGAGUGGAACUGGAAGCAGAUGUCAUUAAUGACUCGUUGGUGAAACUGACGACGUCGAUUAAUGCAUCACUUGAGACCGAAGCAACGUUCGAUCUUGAAGAAAUGCAUACGUAUCAUGCAUUGAGGGUGAUAGCUAUUCAAGCUUCUACUUGUGAUGUCACGAGUGUGGAUGCGUUUGCGCUGUGUGCCCGACUUGUGAAGAUUAUUGAUAGGAUACGACAACAAGAAGAGGAGGUGGAAGAUUUUGACGUCGAAAGGGUCAAGUGCUGCACUAAGCUGCGCAACUUGAUCCAUGCCAAGAUGAGCAAAAUGCGAGCGUCUCAUAAGGUAAUGUUUCAGCAGGCUCCUGCUGAAACGGAACGGGCUCCGUUAAAGCGCACCAAGUCGCUCGAGGAUAUGGACAUGAGUGAAUUUUUUCGACCUCAACGACGACGGUCAAGUUUGAAGCCGGCGUCAUAUCGUGUCUCUAUUCGUGAUUUUCAAAUUGUCAAGCCAAUUUCAAAGGGUGCGUUUGGCAAGGUGUAUCUUGCCCGAAAGAAAACAACUGGUGAUCAAUAUGCGAUAAAGGUGCUCGCAAAAGAGCAUUUGCUGCGCAAAAAUCAGAUCCAGCAAAUUGAGACAGAGAGGAAUAUUUUGGCGAGUGUGGUGAGCCCGUUUGUUGUGAAGUUGUUUUGGACGUUUCAAACCAAGCGCAAUCUUUUUUUGGUGAUGGAGUAUCUUCCUGGUGGUGAUUUUAUGUCGUUACUUGAGUGCAUUGUGCAACUAGAAGAACAGGUGGCAUGCGUCUAUAUUGCGGAGAUUGCGAUCGCACUUAAUCACUUGCACACCAAGGGCUGUGUUCAUAGAGAUAUGAAGCCCGACAAUAUUUUACUUUCGUCUACCGGCCACAUCAAGCUGACUGAUUUUGGCUUGUCAGAGGAAGCUGUAGCUCUAAGUGACACUGACUCGGAACCUGACGAUGAGGCUAUAGCACAAGACGGUGGUAUACCGGAUGGUGCUUCAUUUGAGGAUGCGUCAUCUGUUUCAGAGUCCAAAUGUCCGCGUCGCAUUUCGGGAUCCAAGAGAAACUCGAAAAAGAAGUCUGUGUAUCACACGUAUGGACGGUGUGGUACUCCAGACUACUUAGCACCCGAAAUCAUUCUUGGUGUUCCUCAUGGACCGCCCGUGGACUACUGGGCACUAGGAAUCAUUCUCUACGAAAUGAUGGUAGGCUUUCCUCCAUUUAAUGACGACACCGUGGAUGCAAUUUUCGAAAAUAUUUUAGAGCGGCAAAUCCUGUGGCCCGAUGGAGAAAAGUGUUUGUCUCCGGAGGCAGUGGAUUUGAUAGAUAAGUUGCUCGACCCCAACCCAGAAACGCGAAUGAGUUGGGAGGGGAUCAAACAGCACCAGUUUUUUGAUGGUAUCAACUGGGAUACGAUUUUGGAAUCCGUGCCUCCGUUUGUGCCGACACUGGAAGGACCGACUGACACCAGCUAUUUCAACAACCGCAAUCUCACUGACAUAUUCAUCGAUGACGACGAGUUCGAUAUGUCUUCUCGUUCUGCAUGCAACACUCUGAACAAUAUCGACUUUGGACCAGAGAGUGACGAUCAGCUGCUACGUUCACUCAUCCCAAAAGAAGAUGAGGACACUCAUAGAAGAAACAACAACGCAAGCAAUGUUUCUGUUGCUACAGCGGAUGUUGACAUGUCGUGGGGAGCCGCAGGAGCGUUAGGCGUGCUAGAUGCAAUGGGAACUGUAAAUGAGGAACACAUAAGCGACGGCUUGCAGAUGGAAGACAACAACGAUCAUUAUCGAUUCCCUAGUGGGAUGUACGGUAGCGUCGGGGUUUCCAAACUCUCUGAUGCUUUCAGGUCUUUCAGUUUUACAAACAUGAAUGCACUUGCUGCUGCGUCUCAAGCCGAAGCUGAACUGAUGACGGACACUCACCAGCAAACCGUAGGAAUUGAGUCGGGUCCAUCUAUCCUGAUCUAG